UCAGUCCGGGUGCCCUUUCGGUCUCGCCAUGGCUGCUCUCACCCGGAACCCGCAGUUCCAGAAGCUGCAGCAGUGGUACCGCGAUCACAGCUCUGACCUCAACCUGCGCCGCCUUUUCGACGCCAACAAGGAGCGCUUCAAUCAUUUCAGCUUAACUCUUAACACCAACCAUGGCCAUAUUCUGGUGGAUUACUCCAAGAACCUUGUGACAGAGGAAGUGAUGCACAUGCUGGUGGACCUGGCCAAGUCCAGGGGUGUGGAGGCUGCGGAGAGCAUGUUCAAUGGUGAGAAGAUCAACAGCACCGAGGAUCGGGCAGUGCUACAUGUGGCUCUGCGGAACCGCUCAAACACACCGAUUUUGGUGGAUGGCAAGGAUGUGAUGCCAGAGGUCAACAGAGUUCUGGAAAAGAUGAAAUCUUUCUGUGAGCAUGUCCGGAGUGGCAGCUGGAAGGGGUACACGGGCAAGUCCAUCACAGAUGUCAUCAACAUCGGCAUUGGAGGCUCAGACCUGGGUCCUCUUAUGGUGACCUAAGCCCUUAAGCCAUACUCUUCCGGAGGUCCCCGGAUCUGGUUUGUCUCCAACAUUGAUGGGACCCACAUUGCCAAAACCCUAGCCAACCUGAACCCUGAGUCCUCCCUGUUUAUUAUUGCCUCCAAGACCUUUACCACCCAGGAGACCAUUACCAAUGCAGAAACGGCCAAGGAGUGGUUUCUGACGUCAGCCAAGGAUCCUUGUGCAGUUGCGAAGCACUUUGUUGCCCUGUCUACCAACACGGCCAAAGUGAAAGAGUUUGGAAUUGACCCUCAAAACAUGUUCGAGUUCUGGGAUUGGGUAGGUGGACGCUACUCGCUGUGGUCAGCCAUCGGACUCUCCAUUGCCCUGCAUGUGGGUUUUGACAACUUCGAGCAGCUGCUCUCGGGGGCUCACUGGAUGGACCAGCACUUCCGCACGACACCCUUGGAGAAGAAUGCCCCUGUCCUGCUGGCUCUGCUGGGAAUCUGGUACAUCAACUGCUUUGGAUGUGAAACACAUGCCAUGCUGCCCUAUGACCAGUACUUGCACCGUUUUGCUACCUACUUCCAACAGGGUGACAUGGAGUCCAAUGGGAAAUACAUCACCAAGUCCGGCGUCCGUGUGGACCACCAGACAGGCCCCAUCGUAUGGGGAGAGCCAGGGAUCAAUGGCCAGCAUGCAUUCUACCAGCUCAUCCACCAAGGCACCAAGAUGAUACCCUGUGACUUCCUCAUCCCGGUCCAGACCCAGCACCCGAUACGAAAGGGUUUACAUCACAAGAUCCUCCUCGCCAACUUCUUAGCCCAGACUGAGGCACUGAUGAAGGGGAAAUCAACAGAGGAGGCCCGGAAGGAGCUCCAGGCUGCAGGAAAGAGUGCAGGGGACAUUGAGAAGCUGUUGCCUCACAAGGUCUUUGAAGGAAAUCGCCCAACCAACUCUAUUGUGUUCACCAAGCUUACACCAUUCAUUCUUGGAGACUUGAUCACCCUGUAUGAGCACAAGAUCUUCGUUCAGGGUAUCAUCUGGGACAUCAACAGCUUUAACCAGUGGGGAGUGGAGCUGGGAAAACAGCUGGCUAAGAAAAUUGAGCCUGAGCUUGAGGGUAACACUGAGGUGACUUCUCACGAUUCAUCCACCAAUGGAUUGAUCAGCUUCAUCAAGCACCAGCGUGAAGUCAAAACCGAAUAAACUCAGCUACAGCCCCUUUU